AUGGCGGACAACGACAGCCCCGUGACGCUUCGCACUCGCAAGUUCAUCCGCAACCCUCUGCUGGGCCGUAAGCAGAUGGUCGUUGAUAUCCUCCACCCCGGCCGUGCUGGUAUCUCCAAGGACGAGCUCUCCGAGAAGCUCGGCGGCAUGUACAAGGCCACCAAGGACCAGAUCGCCGUCUUUGGCCUCCGCAGCCAGUAUGGUGGUGGCAAGACCACCGGCUUCGCCCUCGUCUACGACUCGCCCGAGGCCAUGCAGAAGUUCGAGCCCCGCUACCGCCUGAUCCGUGUCGGCAAGGCCACCAAGCCCGAGCGUGCCGCCAAGCAGCAGCGCAAGCAGCGCAAGAACCGUCUAAAGAAGCUCCGUGGCACGGCAAAGGUCAAGGGUGCCAAGCCCAAGAAGGAGAAAUAA